AUUUGUGACAUUUAGGUUAGGUUUUUAAAAGUUUGUACAAAUUUCUUAUAAUACAAUAUAAAUCCAGUAUUUUAUUGAAAAAUUAGUGUCAUGUGGUCAUUUUUCUCGCGCGAUCCUUCCAAAGAUUUCAGUUUUGAAAUCGGAGAGUUAGUCAAGGGACUUGACGAAAGGAGUGUUUGGAGUUUGCAUAAGGGCAAAAGAAAGGGCACAACCGAAGAAGUAUCGGUGUUUGUUUUUGAUAUAAAGGGUGGAUCAGAAACACAAUUGGAAAUCGCUAAAGCGGCAAUUAAACGACUAAAAACAUUGAGACAUCCUAGUAUUUUAACAUAUUUAGAUAGUUACGAAUCGGAUAAGGUUUUGUAUUUAGCGACAGAGUAUGUUGAACCGUUGGCUAGCCAUUUAGAAAAGUUGACGAUAGAAGGUGCCCAAAAAGAUCUGUAUAUUGCUUGGGGACUUUUUCAAAUUACGCGUGCUUUGUCUUUUUUGAAUAAUGAUGGUAAUUUGAGGCACAACAAUGUUAACAUUUGGUCAGUUUUUGUUAAUUCUUCUGGAGAGUGGAAGUUGGGAGGCGUUGAAUAUGUCUCAAGUGCUCAAGACAACUCUAAUGUUACUAUUAAAAUUAUACCAUCAUUGGAAAUGUACGACCCUCCAGAAAAAAAUGACCCAACUAAACAAAGGUCAAUUACGAAAUGCUCUGCAGAUAUGUGGGGGUUAGGUUGUUUAAUAUGGGAAGUAUUCAAUGGUCCUUUAUAUCAACAGUCUUCUUUAAAACUCCUAGACAAGAUUCCUAAACAGUUGGGUCCAUUAUAUUGCGAAUUAGUUGGAGCAAAUCCGUCAUCAAGGCCUAAUCCUGCCGAUAUUAUAACUAGAUGCCGAAAGCUCGGCGGCUACUUUAAAAACGAUCUUGUAGACACUUUACUAUUUUUAGAAGAGAUUCAGAUCAAAGAUAAAAAUGAGAAAAAUCGAUUUUUCUCAAACCUAACACCACAUUUAGAUAAUUUUCCCGAAAGUGUGUGCAAACACAAAAUUUUGCCUCAAUUAAUAACAGCCUUUGACUACGGAGACGCCGGAUCUGCAGUUUUGGCUCCUAUGUUUAAGUUGGGCCAACUGCUCGACGAAGCCGAUUACCAGAAGAAAAUCGUCCCGUGCGUCGUCAAACUAUUUGUAAGCAACGACAGAGCAACAAGAUCUAGACUUUUGCAACAACUCGAACAUUUCAUCGGUCACUUGCAAGCUGCGACCGUAAACGAACAAAUUUUCCCUCAAAUUGCUCACGGGUUUAUGGAUACCAACCCCACAAUUCGCGAACAGACUGUCAAAUCUGUGAUACAUCUAGCACCUAAACUAAGUUACAACAAUUUAAACGUGGAAGUUUUGCGGCAUUUCGCCCGACUCCAGUCAAAAGAUGAUCAAGGUGGCAUUCGCACCAACACUACAGUGUGUUUGGGGAAAAUAGCACAGCAUUUGCAUCCACAAAUCCGACAGAAAGUUCUCAUUUCGGCAUUUAUACGAGCGAUGAGGGAUCCGUUUCCUCCGGCACGAAAUGCGGGGAUUUUGGCCUUGGCUGCGACGCAACAGUAUUAUCUUUUGAACGAGGUUUCGUCGAGAAUUUUGCCCGCUUUGUGUCAGUUAACGAUGGAUCCGGAGAAGUCGGUCCGUGAUUCGGUGUUUAGGACGAUUAAGGGGUUUUUGGGGAAGUUGGAGAAGGUGUCAGAGGAUCCCAGUUUGAGGGAGAGUAUGGAGGCUGAUGUCAAUACUGCAACCCCAAGUCUGAGCAACGCAGCCGCCACGUGGGCCGGGUGGGCGGUUACAGCAGUAACAGCGAAAUUCUACAGAAGUCAAUCAGAUACAGUUAAAUCAAUGAAUCCUAUGGCUAGUAAAAUGUUGACGAAACCGGCUUCACUAGAGCAACCAUCGAGUAGUAGCAUUUCAACGACCACUUCUAGUGUUACUUCUAUGACGUCUUUAGAACAUGAGGAAGGAAGUCGAGGGAAUGAAUCAGUUUCUGAUUAUGAUUAUGACCACUGGGGCGACAACGACAACUGGGGAGACAUGGAGACUGUCGGUCAGAUGGCUAGCAGUAGUGGCAGCGGGGGCGGUGGAGGCACUAGCGACGCCGCGAGCCCCCCCUCGGGGUCUGGCACUAAUAAAAUUACAGACGGGUGGGAUAACGAAGAGUGGGGCAGUCUUGAAGAAGAGCCGGAGGUCGAAGCUGAACUCACGAGUCCCUCAGAGGCGUGGAGUCCCAGUGAUACCACUCCUAUUAUUCCUGAAUCGUAUGAGCACGGAUUGAGUAAUAGGAAGUCGGUGAAUAAUUGGGGGGACUCUGAGUUUGAACCUUUAGAAGAGCAACCAUCUACUACAAAUCCAAAGUUAGAAGAAGCCAAGAAGAAGCGCGAAGAAAGGAAAUUAAUGAGGCAAAAGGAGCUAGAAGCCCGGCGAGCUAGUCGGACGACAGGUGGACCAAUGAAAUUGGGGGCUAAAAAAUUAUAGAGGGAAAAUGUCAAAUAACGAAUUAAAUGGAAUUAUACGGACUUCAUUAUACACCAAACUUGAUACAAACAUAUCUUGAUGCAUUGUUUCCCAAUUUUGAUUAGGUAUAGCGGAACCGGCAUUAAAUAUAUAUAAUGAGAAUAUUAGUGUUUUAAUGUAGUGUAAUUAUUUUUUUACAUUAUGUUGGUCUUGAUUCUUCAAAGGAAUUCUAAACAUAUACCAAUAACAAAGCUUUUUGUGUACAUAAUAUGCAAUUUUUAAAGUCUAAAAUAUAUGAUAUCGACGAUGUCAGUAAUUGUUUCAUUUUUGUCAUGAUUCUUCCUCGGCAUUUAUUAACGUUUUAUAUAAAAAAUAUUGUAACAUUUGCAUGCUGGUUGUGUUUAUGUAAAUAAUUUUAUAAAUAUUUUAAAGUAUGUAUGAUAUUAGUUAUUGUUUUAUGUGAAUAUAUUUUGUGUUACUACCUUUGUUUAGUUAAAUGUAAUUAUAUUUUUCUAUGUAUGUAUUAUGAUUACCAGAAUAAAUUUAUUGUUUCAAAAGA